AUGUAUUCAGAUGCUGCAAUUAUCAGAAAAUACAGGCUGCCAAGAGACACCAUCAGGCAGCUGAUUGACAGCCUGGGUCCCCAGCUCCAGCGACCAACAGGGUGCACCUUCGCACUUACACCAACAGUGCAGGUGUUGGCUGCCCUGCGGUUUUAUGCCACAGGGAGCUUUAUGGAGGUAGUGGGGGAUGGUCUGGGCCUCAGUAAGGCCUCGGUGAGCCGUGCUGUAACAGCAGUUACACCUUUGCUGCUACAGCAUGUGCAAUCCAUAACAUUCCCCACCACAGCCGAGGAUAUCAUGCAGGCCAACCAGGCUUUCCACGCAAUAGGCCAACUUCCCCGGGUAAUUGGAGCCAUCGACGUAACCCUCAUCCCUGUGGCGAGUCCGUCGGAGGAUGAGCCCAUGUACAUUUGCCGGAAGGGGUACCCUGCCAUCAAUGUACAGGUAACGUGCAAUGCACGUGGCCUGUUCACCAACGUCGUGGCAAAAUGGCCUGGGAGUACCCAUGACUCCUUUUUCUGGACCAACUCUGGGCUGCAUGAGCUGGCCGAAGAUGGGUGGUUUGGGGACAGCUGGCUCCUGGGCGACAGUGGGUUUCCUCUUCGCCCCUAUCUGCUGACUCCAGUCCUGCAGCCUACAACACCUGCGGAGCAGAGAUACAACGCGGCACAUGCUAGCACCCGCAGCAUAGUGGAGAGGGCCAUUGGGGUGUGGAAGCAGCGUUUUCAGCGUUUUUUGAAGCGUUUCCUUCAGCUGAAGCCUGAAAAAUGCUGCUCAGUUAUAGUGGCGACUGCUCUACGUGCUGGCCAAUACACCUGUGCCCGAUGA